AUAGGAUUACGUGAUAAGUACGUGACACAGGAACAAGACAGGUAGUCUACCUUACAGAAACAACACGGCAGCAAAACACAGCUGGAAAUCGUGUCAGCACAUGUGUACGUGGCAGUUUACAGAAACUUAUCAAGGGAUAGCUGCCGAGAGACAAACCACACAAAAUGCCGGCCGUGAAAUGUUGGACGUCGACCGCCGAGAGACAGGUCCCGCCGCCAUGCUGCCAACGCCGCGUCUUUGAAAGGCGAACGGGUUUCCUCCGCUGGAGGCAGGAUGGCGGCGAGAGCGACUGAGUAUAAUAGGGUCUCACAGCAUCCCCCACCCCCUGCCCCUCAUCCCCCUGCCCUCACCCUCUGCCUCUCACCCCUCUGACCUCUGACCUGCUGGAGCUGUGCGCUGCCCACCCUCUGCCUUCUGCUCGGCGGUGUGGAGGGAGAGACUGCCGCAGUUUCAGACCCAGGGGGCAGUCCGUGACCUCAGUAGUGCUGAUGGUUGUAGCAGACGGUUGACCACUUGAAGGGUGGCCAGUGACGGCGACUGCAGUCUUUCCAGGUCGACAACAUUUUUUUAAGGGCUUCAUGAAUAUCCCUGCAUCUUCAGACAAACGAAGAAGGACCCGAUGUUGUGAUGUAGUCAAGGGUGACCAUAGACACCAAGUGUUGUGGUCGACCUGUCCAGCCUGCAGACGUCAAACAUCAAAGGCUGUGUGUACUGGCACGUGAAUGUCUACAAACUCUGUCUAGGAAAACAUUUGCUCCGUCGACAGUGUCUAUGUUUAUUUGACUGUUAGGUAUCAUCUUUAUCUGGUUCUUCUUCCUCUAACACUUAACACCUUUAACUUCCAUCAUGACCAUUGAAUAUUUUUUUAGACGGCGUAACACUCGAUAAACAAAUAGCUUGCUCUGAGGGUAAUACUCGCACCCUGGAUUUUAAGAUUUCCUACAGGCCGAACUGAGAGGUUAGCAGGCAUUAUUAAUCCUGUCGGUAUUGUACAAGAUCACAGGACGCAAAGUAUGUCUACUUAAAAGACGAUGUUUCUCAGGUUAAGAAGGAUAAAAGUACUAGCUCGGUCCUUUUGCUCCCUUUCAGUCUUUAUUGUGAUUCUUUAUUAUGUAUUAUUUGUUUCAAAAGAGCUUGACGCGGCAAGAACAGAGCCUUGUUUCGAAAAAGCACUAAGGACAACGAACUAACCCCUCAAACAUGCGUACAUCCCGAUCUUAACCCCUUCAACCCGACAAUCAUACAAUUCCAUAAAAAGUACCCACCCGUGGAUUGUAGCCCCGCCGAGGAAGACUGGGUGUACACCAUCAACGGCACGUUUCGCAUCUCAGAGCGCGCACGUCAACUGUACGGGAAGGUCACGUGCGAGUACAUCCCACUCGAGCGUCCAGACGACUUCUCCGUCCGUGAAGGUCUGCAUGUCAAGCCCAUGCUGGACGGUGCACCGCUAACAACGGACUUCUUCAAGGUGGACUGCGUGUCAAGCACCGGAAAAAGAUACGUGAACAUCCACUGUGGAGUGGCAAGGAACGACGCCGUCUUCUCUCGGCUGAAGGAAAUGGCCGCAAAGAAAAAUAUUUACGGUCCUCUCUACCGUCUUUGGGAAACACCUUGUCAUUCCGCACGCAGACAUCGAAACCAGAUUCUGUUUCGUCGUCCCACUCCCUCAUUCCAAGAGUCUGCCUGGCCUCAACUUGAGUGUGUUUAUUUUGGGGUUCGAUUCCAUGUCUCGCAUGUCCUGGAUUCGUUUGCUUCCACGCUCACGUGCGUACUUUCUGAAUAAACUUGGUGGCAUUGAACUCGAAGGUUACAACAUCGUGGGCGAUGGGACGCCGGCCGCUUUGCUCCCCAUAUUAACGGGUUUCCACGAAGAGGAACUGCCAGAAGCGCGACGGGGCAUGCCCAAUGCACGUCCGGUUGACGGACACCCAUGGGUGUGGAAAGAGUUCGAGAGUCAUGGUUACGUGACGGCGUAUGCAGAAGAUAUGCCAGGUCUUGGAGCCUUUCACUAUCGCAUGCUCGGCUUCAAAGAACAGCCCGCCGACCACAACAUGAGGCUGUUCUUCUUGGCAGCUCAGAAAAUGUUCAGUAAAAGUGCAAGUAACUGUCUGGGCUCUACACCACGUCACCGUAUCUUCAUGCGCUGGUUCGAGGAUUUGUUUGCUACUUAUACGAGCCACCCUAAGUUCUUCUUUGGAUUUCAUGGUGAGAUGAGUCACGACGACAACAAUCCUAUACAGACCAUCGAUGAGGAUCUGAUGUUAUUUCUUGAAAGACUAGACAAGAGUGGUCACCUCAAUUCCACUCUUCUCAUUCUCAUGGCUGACCAUGGAGCCAGAUUCUCUUACAUGAGAGCCACAAAGCAGGGAAAGCUAGAAGAGCGCAUGCCUUAUUUUUCCUUCCGUUUUCCGCCAUGGGUCAAACAAGUUCAUCCUCAGCUUAUCCGCAACAUGGAGAUAAACACCAAGAGGCUGACGACGCCGUUUGACAUUCACGAGACCCUGCUGGAGGUGCUGACUUAUAGCGGGUCAGGGUUGGGGGACAUCUCCAAGAGAGCCAUCAGCCUUUUCAAGGAAAUUCCAAAACAUCGGAGCUGCAACCACGCUGGGGUGACUCCUCAUUGGUGUGCCUGCCUGAAGUGGGACACCCUUAAUAAGACUGACUUUAUCGUGUUGUCGGCCGUGAAGUCGACAGUAAGUGUGAUCAACUCGUACACAAAGUCCAACCGAAAGACAUGCGCACUGCUCCGCCUAAAGAACAUAACUUCCGCAGUACGGUACGUUCCCACGUACGAAGACUACGUGGCCGAGCACAAACUGCGGCAGUACAUACAAAGUUUUAGUCAGCAUAGGGAACGGGACUAUCUAGAUGUAAAUCAAGAAGUCUAUCAGGUGUCCUUCAUCACUCAGCCAGGAAACGGCCAUUUUGAAGUGACGUGCACUCUGGAUACAUCUACAGGAAAGUUCAUAGUAGCGAGCACCGACAUCAGCAGAGUCAACAGGUAUGGAAAGGACGCGGACUGCAUUGUAAAGACUUCUCCCCACCUCGGUCCUUAUUGCUAUUGUAAACCAGGUGCAGGAACGGUUUGAGAGGAGUUUCUAAGUUUUUAUAUACAUUUAAGAUUGUGGUGACUUUAGGAAACUUUUGCGCUAUAUAUUUAUAUUACAUUUAUAUUACUUUAUCAUAGCUUUUUAUCACUGUAUGUUGUAUACAUUUUGUGCAAGUUGGAAGUAGUUAAAAGUUUUUUGAUAACUAUUAUUAACAAGAGCGGUGAUUUAAUAUGAGUCCAUAAAAGACAGUACUUUAAAGACACAAUUGUCUCCUACAGUAAAACACAUUUCAUUGCUAGUAAUCAAGCUAGUGUCGUAGCUAUGUCACGUGACCUAACGGGAUUCAUCUCUACCUGUGGUUGCUGCUGAGGUUGGCCGCCGCCGUGUAAGCAUCCCUCGUUCUUUGCGACCUUUCUUGAACUGUGCAAACAUCUGGAUGGACACACCGCGGUGUGAAUGUGUACACGUCCGGCGGUGACAUACGAGCGUGUGAACAGGUCGACAAACAAUGCGGCGGUUGACAGACAACCGGAGGUAAACUGUAGCAUCACAGACAGGCGGUGGAAACCAGGGCAACCGAGCGCCGCGCACAGCCAGCGCAGCAUCUCUACAGGCGCCAGCUUCUAUUCUGGUGUCGGCAUCCCCCUCCUCCCCACCUUCUGUACCUCCGCUAGCUUCGUGCGGUGGUUCGCUCUUGCCAGCACGUAAAACCCUCGAGAGCAUUCUCCGCCGAGCCUCGUCGUCUGCAUCUUUUCAGUCUUCUGUUGGAAGCCACGCAACGGGCAAACUGCUGUCUGCAUUUUACAUUUUCUCUUUUUCUGUCUUCCACACCAGCGUUUUUGGUGUCCGCCUCGGGAAUAAAAUAUUUGUGCAAGCGAAUGAACUUAUCAACGAAUGAAAGUACCACCUGCAUGGAAAUGUAGCCACCGCUACCCCUCCAAGUAAAAAUUACCUGCAGGUUAAGGGUGAAGGCUGCAGAAGGAGAAGAAACAGACUGCCGAGAGGUUAAGUGAACAAGUCAGGCGUGUCUGUGAGAUAACGCGCAGGCUCGCAGGUUCCAGAGCCUGAUGCUGGAAGAACAAGAAAUGGAUGAUGCAUGCUGCUGACAUUGAAGCUCCGGAUGCUAGUGUACAUAGAAAAGAAAACACAGAGCUGUACAGAGAUCAGACUUGCAGAAGCAAGAUGCCUUCGUCAGGUGACGUCGGUGCAGAUGCAUCGAACGAACAUCGCAGUGACGUGCAGCCCGUGUCCGCGCGCGCAUCACAUUCCGCCAGCCUCCGCCAAGGGUCGCAAGGAGCACGACGGUGCGUUCGUUAGUGCACGUGGACUGGCAUCCCGAAUCUGGCAAACUCCUGUUUCAGUGAGUGUUGCGCUGCUUGGCACCUGAGACAGGUAAGCGAUUUACCUCUCCAUUCUGCUUCUCGCCGACCUCAGUGUUUAUGUACCGACGCUUCAUGUUGCUGCAGGCCGCGGUGUGGAUGUACAUCACACAGUGCAGCAUGAAUGAAUGGCGGAGGUGGGUGGGAAUUUUUCCUAGAACUCUGUGAAUUUAUAAGAACCUGUAAUGUAUUAUGUCACAGAUUUUUUUUUUUAAAUUUAGAAAGGUUUGUUAAUAUUUUUAUGUGAAACGACAAAUGUUGAUACGCUAUAAAAGUUUUAAAGUAAAUAAGGUGAGAGAUGUGAUGUGUAAUGAGACAGAUGAGUAGAAAGUGUGAUUGUGAAACAAAAGAUGUGGGUGUUGAGAAUGAAAGUCUGGUUGAAGAGCAUUUGUGGGUACAGAACACGGAAUGGCAGAAGAAUACUAAAGGUUGGGUCUCUAUAUAUUUUCACAAUGUAGCUGUGAACACUAGUGAAUGGAUGUAGAUCUACAUUAGUAUUUGCUGCUACUGCAGCUGACUCCGACUACACUACGACCUUCAUCAUAAAUAGUACACCACCACCACCACCACCACCAUCACCACAUUCUGACUGCAGUGACCACUAACUU